AACAAACAUAUAUAUAGGUCUUUGUGCUUCUGUCUGAUUUUCCCACACAAUAAAAAUAUCCUCCUAGUCGAAUUGAGGGCUGUGCGAGGAGUAAGGCGCCAUGAAACGCAGGCGCGAGGAGAAGGAUAAGUUCCACAACAGCCGAGAAGCCUCAGGAAGCUUCAGAAAACGCACGGAGUACGAGGAGAAAGACACAACCCCAAGUAAGUUAGAUUCGGUGCAUGAUGAUCUUAAGAUGGCUAUAAUGAGUAGAUUGCCUGCCAAGUCUCUUAUGAAGUUUCGAUGCGUGUCGAAGAUGUGGUGUUCCUUCAUCGGAAGGCAAGAGUUGGUGGAUUCCUUGUUCGCUGUCUCCUCAGCGGAACCACGGUUUAUAGUCUCUUUUAGCAACAACGCAUUCGGCAAGCCUGAAGAGAAGCUUACCUUCCUCUUGUCGUAUCAAGAGGGGUCUUCUUCUUCUUGUUUGGUACCCAGGUUCGAGAUGGCAUUACCAGUGGGAUUGCGAGCCAGCCAAGAGUAUUGCGCUUCUCUCCAUGGGUUUCUCAGUGUUUACACUGAUCAUGGUUUGAUGGUUUGUAACCCCAGCACCGAGCAAGUCUUUAAUUUGACCAAGAACACCCAAUUCGUGGGGUACGAUCCCAUUGGUGGCCAACACAAAGCAUUAUCUGUGCAUUUGAGAGAUCCUUCUUCUGCUCGUCCUCAUCUACUGCACAAGGUGUUAACACUUGGAGGAGGAGGAGGUUGGAGAGACAUUGAAGGUACCCCUGUUCCUUAUAUACCUGUAUCAGUGGGAGUAUGUAUCAACGGUGUUAUCUACUAUGGCGGUUAUAAGUAUAACUCCACUACUGAUUUUAAGAAUAAGAAUCCAGUUGUCAUGUGUUUUGAUGUUCGAUCUGAGAAAGUAAGUUUUAUCCAAGCACCUAGUGCUGUCGUGUUAUGUGGAAAGAAUGCCAUAUUUAUAGAAUACAAUGGGAAGCUAGCUUCUAUUCUUGUGCAUCCACCUCUUGCUCGCUCCAUUCCCUUUGAUUUAUGGAUACUAGAGGACGCCCAGAAACAUGAAUGGUCAAAGCAAACAUGUGUGUUUCCCUCCUCUGCCUGGGAGUCCGUUUCUUGCCGCAGAAUGUCUUUCCAAGGCACCAAUAAAGCUGGUGAGAUCAUUAUCGUCCCAAGCGUGGUUAAUACAAUCAAGGUCCAACCCUUCUACAUCUUCUACUACAAUGUCACAACAAACAAUGUCAGAAGAGUUAGGCUCCUAGGAAUUGGUGACAAUGAAGAGUUUCAACGCUCUUAUGGAUUUGUAGGUGGGUAUGAAUGUUUUGUCCGUGUCGCACCUCAUCACGUCGACAGUAUUGCCUUUCUCAAUAAUCAUGUAUUAUAAACUCUCAUUUUUCUGUUUUUAUUUUCAAAGUGUUGGUUUUUUAUAAAACACCAAACAAGCUCAUUUAUUUUAGGGAUCUUCUCUGUUUUCAUUUGUUAUGAGCAGAGUUCCUGGUUGGUGCCCCCAUUCGUCUAAUUGCCAAACAUCCUUCUGACUUGCGCCUUUUAUGUAUCUUGCCUAACUGGAUAAGAAGCACGAUUAUAUUCCAGUGGAACAAAAAUGUGCCAUGGAGCUCCGUUUUCUCUUCAAAACUGUUAUAGAUAUAUAUAUUCCCAAACAUGUACCGUUUGCCAAUAAAUUUUGUUUCUCAAAUGCCUACUGUACAUUUGCUGCCAUGUCGCUGGAGACACAUACUCUCUCUUUGUAUCAUUAAAUGUCUAAACCUUUCCAGCAAACUAAAGCAAGUUACACCAUCUAUCGUUUUGUGUCUUCUCGCUUUCAUCUUUGCGAAAAGGCUCCUUAUCACAAUCGAGCUUGCUAACAGUACCAAUAACAAGUGUACGUAACCACUUAUUUAUCGCCCAUUCUCUCUGUCAGUAUUGCUAAUUUAAGUCCAUCAACUUAACACUAAAAAAAAACGGGGUGUGCAUACAAGAUUCUUCUUCCAUUAUUCUACCAAUUCACAUAGCUAACAUCUACUUAUCAUCCUUGACAAUCGUUUCGUUUCCUUGUUCAAUUCUAUCUUGUAACCCCCCACAACCACUACGUUUCAUAGCCAAGCUAAGCAUCCAACAUUCAAGAAUCAAACCAAGACUUUUCCAUCUUUUAGCUACCAAGAUCUUUGGUUCAUCCCUUGAUCAUUCUUGAUUUAUUAGUUUUGUGAAAUACUAUUUUAUCGAGAAAUUAUAUAGAUUAAAAAGGGAAAUUUUGGUUUUCUAGACAAAAAAAAAACAAAAUACAAUUUGAUCCAUUUUUGCCUAUUACGCCCUUUCCUAAUAGAAGAGAGUUUCUUUAGUCUUUGUACAGCCUUCAAUUAAAAAAGAAGAAAAUAUGUCUUGUGUAAAUCUACGCAGUGUUGGGAUGAGGACGAAGAAAAGUUUUCACUAGACAUAAGGAUCUCAGUUUGAUGAACUUCUUUGUGUUCCUUGUUAUACACGGAAAAUGCUCAUAUAUAUGAUGGACUUUUUAGGGGCAAACAGAGUGUGUUUGGUUGCAGAGAAGGUGAUAUUCUCGAUUGGCAUUGAAGUUUCUGGCUUUAUUUGAUCCCAUCUCCACACAUAAACUAAAAAACAUAGACAUCAAGCCAAAAUCUUUUGAUUGGGUUGACUCACUCACACGUAAGCCGUGACGAUGAAACUAGUUUUCGUUCCCAGUAUUUAUCUUUAUAUGCCAAAUAAAACAAACAACAACUCCAAUUUUAUUCAUUUUUAAUUGGAGUAAAAUAAAAAUGAAAUCAAUUUCUGAUUCUUAAACAUUUGUAAAUCUUUACAAAAAAUAUUAAAGGAUUGCCAAGUUAAUAAUCCUAAUUAGUCUUUACAUCUGUUUGAUAAUCUUAAUGUUGGGCAUUCGGUGUGAAUUGGAAUAAACCGAACCGGCCAAAGCAAAAUCCAGGUUUUGGUUUAACAUCCGCUUUAACCAAUAAACCGAUCGGUGAAUUUCAAUUAUUUUUUGGUUCGAUUCGGUUCGGUUCAGCGGACAAGAAACCGAUCGGUUUGAAAUAUAUUAACCAAAUAAACUAAAUUUUUUUGAAACAAACCAAAUAAAUAAAAAAAAAAUCAAAAUUUACAUGACUGUUUUUAAACCAAAUUAAUCGAAUAAACCGAUAUGUAAACUAGUUUCGGCUCAGUUCGAAAUAAAUAAUAAUACCGAAAACUGAACCAAAUAACCUCAGUCCUGAACCAAAUCGAACCGAAAUAUAGUUCAGUUUACUUCGGCAGCAUUUUUUCAAAACC